AUGCAAAAACUGACGGAGCGCAUAGACGACCUGAAGCAGAGAAUCGCUGCUUGGGGAAAGCGAAUUCGGCGAUAUACCGAGAGGUCGACACGGUUCAACCAGAAUCGUCUCUUCCAGAGUGAUCAGAAGAGGCUCUAUAAAUCAUUGGAGCGACCAAUGGUAAGUGGAACGGGCCCAGUACCGAAUCAGGCCGACACGGUCGCGUUCUGGCGCAGCCUGUGGUCAGAGCCCGUAAACCACAACGAGGGCCCUUGGACGGAAGUUGUGGCGAGUCAGUGUGCGGGUAUUACGCCCAUGGACCCCGUCACUAUAACGCCGGAUGACGUAGCUGAGGCGGUCCGUAGGGCCCCGAACUGGAAAAGUCCAGGACUCGACGGGCUGCAUCACUACUGGCUGAAGGGGUUCGUGUCAGUCAGCGCCUUGCCAAGAGGUGUUAGCGCCGUGCCUCGGCAAAAAUUGAAGGUGCAAAGGCCCGCUUGUGCACAUGGCUUCACCAUGAAACGGCGCCGGGCCUGGGCGUCUCCCGCUAAAGGACGCCCACCAAUAAUGGAUGAUGGAUAUACGGAAGAAGCGCGCAAAGGGCCGCUGCCUGGAGGUCGCCAGGGCGCGUCUGGAGCUGGCGCUGGACGCGGCAGCAUGCGAACCGCCAGCCGAGCGCGGGGUGCUGCACGACCACCCAGCAGCCCCUCGCAUCCAUCAUCCCCACCAGAAGGCUUGGUGUCGGCUGGGUCUUCGCGGGCCCAGCAAGCGGCACCCGCCUCUGGUGGAGCACGCCGCAUGCGUUGGACAACCCAGAUGAACAGCAACGCACUGCGGGCGUACUUUAGGGCAAAAGGGGGAGAAACUGGAUGUUUGGCGUAUCGGGCUAGGAUGCAUCGUAUUUUUGCUGAGCUGGAGCCAUCUUUAACCGUCACAGAGCAAAACCUGGCAGACCGAGUUCGGUAUAUCUUGCGCUCAAAUAUAUUUGAUGUCGCCGAACUCGAACGGCUACGACGUGAGGCUGUUCCCUCGUCGGAUGAGAAUGCUACGGCUGAGGAUGCGGCGCCACAAAUGGUAGAGCAACCCGCAAACGUGGAUGCCGCCGUGAAUACCCCAGUUGUGGUUGAUUCAAACGAUGAUGGAACAGUCGCCCAGGAACUGGAAUUAGAGCAUAUGAGGAGUACAUUGGAAGAGGCGAUUGUGGAAACGCGCAGUACGCCUCUCGAAAAUCGACCGCGACUUCCCCCGCAUAGCCCUAAGCAAGCGGAAUCGGGCUGUCGUGAGGGCUCUGAACCCAAUGCUGGUGACCUAUUUGGAAGCCAGCCGGGACCUUUGCGAGACGGACUCAAUUCUUUUUGGCGCCGCGCUGGCAGUCUGCCGUAUCAUAGGCGCCAAGGUUUCCACGGCUGGACGCGCUACUGGCCAUAG